AACCCUAGCGAGAUACAACUAAUUUGUAGGGUUUAUUGCUCUGUUUCUCCCCCCUUUUCAUUUCUCUUAAUACCUCAUCUCAUCUAUACACACAAGAACAUCUUGUAGAGUGUGUAUCUAAUGGCGGGUCAGAAGAUUGCUGUAGAUGCUGUAUCCAGAUCCGAUUCAUCUAGACAUAUCAAUUUUCAUGUCCAGAGGAGGAAUGAUGAUAAAAUGAGGUUUAAUCAGGGUCCGCGAAACUUUCGGAUGGAGACUCUCAAUUCCAAGAGCUCGAAUUCAGAGAGGCGUAGUCCGAAAUCUAAGGUGGACGGGUCGGAUGGGUUGGAAAUGGAUCCUGAUGAGCUCAAUUUUCGGGUCACUUUUCGGAAAAUUGGUGCUGGUCUGGCCAAUCUUGGAAACACUUGUUUUUUGAAUUCAGUAUUGCAGUGUCUGACAUACACUGAGCCUUUAGCAGCAUAUUUGCAGAGUGGAAAGCAUCAGACUUCGUGUCGUACUUCUGGAUUUUGUGCUCUGUGUGCUAUCCAAAAACAUGUUAGCCGUGCUCUGCAGUCACCUGGGAGAAUAUUAGCACCCAAGGAGAUAGUCUCAAACUUGAGGUGCAUAUCGCGUAGUUUUCGUAAUUCUAGGCAGGAGGAUGCUCAUGAAUACAUGGUAAACUUGCUAGAAUCAAUGCACAAGUGCUGCUUACCUUCAGGAGUACCUAGUGAAUCUCCGAGUGCUUAUGAUAGAAGUUUGGUUCACAAAAUUUUUGGUGGCCGCCUCCGUAGUCAGGUGAAAUGUAUGCAAUGUUUGUCCUCUUCCAACAAAUUUGAUCCAUUUAUAGACUUGAGCCUUGAAAUUGUAAAAGCAGAUUCUUUGUAUAAGGCACUUGCUCAUUUCACAGCCGAAGAACAGUUAGACGGUGGGGCGAAGCAAUAUCAGUGCCAACACUGUAAGCAGAAAGUUAGGGCUCAUAAACAGCUUACCAUACACAAGGCACCUUAUGUACUGACUAUUCAUUUGAAGAGGUUUGGGUCAUAUUUAGUUGGACAAAAGAUAGACAAAAGGAUCCAUUUCGGCCCUACAUUGGACCUAAAACCCUUUGUAACUGAUCCUUAUGAUAGGGAUUUGAAAUACACCCUUUAUGGUGUCUUGGUUCAUGCUGGAUGGAGUACUCAUUCUGGGCAUUAUUACUGCUUUGUGCGCACAUCAAGUGGCAUGUGGUACUCCCUUGACGACAAUCAGGUUGUUCAAGUCAGUGAGAGGAAGGUUUUGGAGCAAAAAGCUUACAUGUUGUUCUAUUAUCGAGAUACUAGAAAUCCAGUAUUUAAGAAGGCAGAUCAGAAAGACAACAUGUCUGCAAAUGCUAUGGGAAGGCCUAUGUCUUCUAAUCUCAAACAAGAAUCAAAAGAAGCCAUCCAGAGUGCACAAACAAACACGGUAUUGGAUAGUAAAGCAACUUCUCUUGCUCAGGGAGACUCAUCAUUAAAUGCAGCUUUGUUGCUGAAAAACUCUCAAAAAGAUUGCUCUAGUAAGGUUUUUAGCAGCGUAACUACUGAACAGCACCCAAUGCCUAAGAAAGACCCUUUGCUGGGACCUCAUUCAAAUUCGCCGCUGUUAAAGGAUUCUUUGAAGACUACUUCUGUCACGAGCCAAGAAGACGGAGAUUGUAUGCCACAAAAAAAUAUAUCUUGUACUGGUUCUCUUAAAAUACAAAAUAUGAUGAAUUCAACUGAUGUUAUUGUCAAAUCUGGUUCAGAUGAAAAUUGUAAAGAAGGUACUGAUUCUGUUACUGGUAAAGAUUCCCUGAAGUCAGAUUCUGUUGCUGGUAAAGAUACCCUGAAUUCAGUCUCUAAAUUACCAGAUGACACAGCUCAGGCGAGCCCUAAGAAGGAUCUUAAUGCGGUAAUUGCUAUAUCAUCCAACUGUUGCACCCUUCAGACAUCUCGUGGGAUUACUUUAGGGCAGGAGGUCUCUGGAAAGAAUCAUGGAGUCGUCUCCGAAUUGGAUCCUUGUGUGGGAUCAAAAGAACAGACCUUGUUGCCUCCUAGUUCAACAAUUAGAGAAAAUUGUCAGGAAAUGAAAGAUAUCCAAUCAGCAGAAUCAUCGGGCCUGCCAAACAGAACAUCAGUACAAAAGACUGUACUUACAGGGAGGCAUGUCAAGCAGAUGAAGAAGCUUCCAAAGUAUCCAAUGAUGAAAAUGCAGCUUAGCUCAAAUAUUUUUAUGGCAGCGUCUUUACGUGUGCGCAAGAAAAAGCAUAAAAGAAACAAAAAAUGCAUAUCAGAGACCAGACAUCUCAGUGAGAAGAUUUUGGUGGAUGCAAAUGGCAUACCAUUAGAUCUUCAGCCAUCUACUUGCAAUGGGUCCCAGCCUUUUUAUAAUAUGGCUAGGUCGCAAAGAAAAGUGAAAAAAGCUCAGUCCAAGAAGAAUAAAAAGAGUGACGUCAAUAAUUUGGUUUUAAACUCCAAGGUUGAUUCUGUGACGGGGGUCACCGAUGGAGAGGUUGUUAAAGGAGUUGGUCAGAAUUGUGAUGUGCUUACUUAUCAAUCAAUGAAGAGUUGUAUAACUGGUUCAGAAGCAAAUGAAUGGAAUGUCAGAGGAGAUUAUAACUCAAAAGAUAGCACAAAACAGUCGAUGCAGAAGGGUGUGGUCGGUAUGCUCACCAGAGGCCUAGAGGAGACGAUAGUUGCACGUUGGGGUGAGUUAGACUCCCAGUCGCAAAUGAUAGAUACCAGUAGUCUGAACGAGUUUGCUAUUGGUUAUGUUGCAGAUGAAUGGGAUAAAGAAUAUGAUCAAGGGAGGAGGAAGAGAAUACGAAGUUGCAAGCAUGACUUCAGCAAACGAAAUCCAUUCCAAGAAAUCGCGACCAUGAAUGCCAAGGUAAAAAGGGCAAGGAUGGACCAGUCUGACUCUGGAAACAGGCCAUUCAGGAUAUGACAGAGCUGUUUCUUUUACAUCCGGAUCCAGAAAACCCAACAUGUUGCUCUAUGAGUGUUAUAUAAGCUAACAGUGGCAAGCUGAAGCUGGGCAGCUAAUACAACUACACAAGUUGGCGAGUUUAAACUGAUUUGAGGAAGUUGACCUUUUGAUCGAGAGCCUAAGAUAGAUAGAGUACAUUCCUUAUACCUACAAAAGAUGAAAUUCUCCCUUUUGAUUCAGAGCCUAAGGUUUGUUGAUUUAGUACAUCCCUACAAAAGCGGAGAUAAUGUAUUUCUGUUACCUUUUUGUUCGAGGAAUGUACUAUUACUGCUCUCUACAGAGGGUAAAUACCUGCGGAAUUCUAUUCAUAUUGUAUUUGCUGAUGAUAAAACCGUUUCUUUGUUUACCUUUAA